AUAUUACGCGGUUGCAGAGACGCCAAUUCGUGUAAACACGAUUUAGGUUAGAAACUCUUUUAUUGACUGUCACACUCCGCAACACGUGUUUUAAACUUUCGGCAACGUGAAAUAUUCGAAUUUCAAAUACAAUGGCAAAGUCGAUACGUAGCAAAUGGAAGAGGAAGUGUAGAGCGAUUAAAAGAGAACGUUACGGAGCGAAGGAAUUGGAAAGAUUGAAGAAAACGUUGGGAAUCAAUGAUAAUGACAAAAAAUCGCAAGACGUUGAAAUGUCGGAAAUAUCAGAAAUUGCUACUGUUGUCGACGCAAAGAAGAUAAAGACCGCGAAGGAGAAGAAGGACACAGAAACAGAGAACAUGGAAAUAGAUGCUGGCAAUGGUAGGAUAUAUAACAAAAGGACUUUGUUGGACCAAUAUGGAAAUUACCCAGUGUGGAUGAACAAUCGUAAAAUAGCGAAACACAAAAAAGGCAGGGCGAAGUCGGAAAAGGCGAAUAGAAAGUCACACAAGAGAUUAACGAGGAGACAGAAAAAAGCAGCAGGUAAAAAAAAAUAAACCGAAUUAAUUCAUAUUGUAAUAAAAAGACGUUUUCCUGAAAUAAAUCAACUAAAUUCCUUCACA